CCCGCCGCAUCACUUCCGCCGCCUCCCGCGAACCGGCGCCGCGGCCGCGCGGGCCGGGCCGGGCCGGGCCGGGGCUCGGAGGCGGCGGCGGCGGCAGCGGCGGCCCGGGCCCCGGUGGCCGCGCUGCGCUGGGCCGGGCCGCGCCGGGCGCCGCGCCGAUGGGCCGCGCCGGGGGCCAUGGAGCCGUGCGCCGCCCGCCGGGCCCCAGAGGAGGAGAGGCGGGUGCGAGCCAACGCGCGGGACUACAACGAGAAGUUCCAGUACGCGAGCAACUGCAUCAAGACCUCCAAGUACAACGUCGUCACCUUCCUGCCCGUCAACCUCUUCGAGCAGUUCCAGGAAGUGGCCAACACCUAUUUCCUCUUCCUCCUCAUCCUGCAGCUCAUCCCGCAGAUCUCCUCGCUCUCCUGGUUCACCACCAUCGUGCCUUUGGUCCUGGUGUUGACCAUCACGGCCGUCAAGGACGCCACCGACGACUACUUCCGCCAUAAGAGCGACAAGCAGGUGAACACCCGGCAGUCCCAGGUGCUGCUCGGCGGCGGCCUCCGGCAGGAGCAGUGGAUGAACGUCCGCGUCGGGGACAUCAUCAAGCUGGAGAACAACCAGUUUGUGGCGGCCGACCUCCUCCUCCUCUGCAGCAGCGAGCCCCACGGCCUGUGCUACAUCGAGACGGCGGAGCUGGACGGGGAGACCAACAUGAAGGUGCGGCAGGCCAUCCCCGUGACCUCGGAGCUGGGUGACACCGGCAAGCUGGCCCGCUUCGACGGCGAGGUGGUCUGUGAACCCCCCAACAACAAGCUGGACAAGUUUGGGGGGACGCUGUACUGGAAGGAGAACAAGUAUCCCCUGAGCAACCAGAACAUGCUGCUGCGGGGCUGCGUGCUGCGCAACACCGAGUGGUGCUUCGGCCUCGUCAUCUUCGCAGGUCCCGACACGAAGCUGAUGCAGAACAGCGGCCGCACCAAGUUCAAGCGGACGAGCAUCGACCGGCUGAUGAACACGCUGGUGCUCUGGAUCUUCGGCUUCCUGGUGUGCAUGGGCGUCAUCCUGGCCAUCGGCAACGCCAUCUGGGAGCACGAGGUGGGCGUCUGCUUCCAGAUCUACCUGCCCUGGGACGAGGGGGUGCACAGUGCCUUCUUCUCCGGCUUCCUCUCCUUCUGGUCCUACAUCAUCAUCCUCAACACCGUGGUGCCCAUCUCGCUCUACGUGAGCGUGGAGGUGAUCCGGCUCGGGCACAGCUACUUCAUCAACUGGGACAAGAAGAUGUACUGCGCCAAGCGGCGGACGCCGGCCGAGGCCCGGACCACCACGCUCAACGAGGAGCUGGGGCAGGUGGAGUACAUCUUCUCCGACAAGACGGGCACCCUCACCCAGAACAUCAUGGUGUUCAGCAAGUGCUCCGUGCACGGGCACAGCUACGGCGACGCGCAGGACGUGCUGGGGCGCAAGGCGGAGCUGGGCGAGAGGCCGGAGCCCGUCGACUUCUCCUUCAACCCGCUGGCCGACCCGCGCUUCCAGUUCUGGGACGCCGGGCUGCUGGAAGCCGUCAAGCUGGGCGACCCCCACGUGCACGAGUUCUUCCGCCUGCUCUCGCUCUGCCACACCGUCAUGUCCGAGGAGAAGAGCGAAGGGGAGCUGUACUACAAGGCUCAGUCCCCGGACGAGGGGGCUCUGGUCACGGCCGCCAGGAACUUCGGCUUCGUCUUCCGCUCCCGCACGCCCAAGACCAUCACGGUGCACGAGCUGGGCCGCGCCAUCACCUACCAGCUGCUGGCCAUCCUGGACUUCAACAACAUCCGCAAGCGCAUGUCCGUCAUCGUCCGCGGCCCCGAGGGCAAGAUCCGGCUGUACUGCAAAGGGGCCGACACGAUCCUGCUGGAGCGCCUGCGCCCCGCGAGCCAGGACCUGACGAACGUCACCACCGACCACCUGAACGAAUACGCCGGCGAGGGGCUGCGGACGCUGGUGCUGGCCUACAAGGACCUGGAGGAGAGCUACUACGAGGACUGGUCCGAGCGGCUGCGCCGAGCCAGCGGCGCGCCCGAGGCCCGCGAGGAUCGCCUGGCUCGGCUCUACGAGGAGGUGGAGCACGACAUGACGCUGCUGGGAGCCACGGCCAUCGAGGACAAGCUGCAGCAGGGGGUCCCCGAAACCAUCGCCAUCCUGACGCUGGCCAACAUCAAGAUCUGGGUGCUGACGGGGGACAAGCAGGAGACGGCCGUGAACAUCGGCUACUCCUGCAAGAUGCUGACGGACGACAUGACGGAGGUGUUCGUGGUCACGGGCCACACCGUGCUGGAGGUGCGGGAGGAGCUCAGGAAAGCCCGGGAGAAAAUGAUGGAUGCAUCGCGCUCCGUGGGCAACGGCUUCUCCUACCAGGAGAAACUCUCCUCCUCCAAGCUCACCUCGGUGCUGGAAGCCAUCGCGGGCGAAUACGCCCUGGUCAUCAACGGGCACAGCCUGGCCCACGCGCUGGAGGCUGACAUGGAGGUGGAGUUCCUGGAGACGGCGUGCGCCUGCAAGGCCGUGAUCUGCUGCCGCGUCACCCCCUUGCAGAAGGCCCAGGUGGUGGAGCUGGUGAAGAAGUACAAGAAGGCCGUGACCCUGGCCAUCGGCGACGGGGCCAACGACGUCAGCAUGAUCAAGACCGCCCACAUCGGCGUGGGCAUCAGCGGGCAGGAGGGCAUCCAGGCGGUGCUGGCCUCCGACUACUCCUUCUCGCAGUUCAAGUUCCUGCAGCGCCUGCUGCUCGUGCACGGGCGCUGGUCUUACCUGCGCAUGUGCAAGUUCCUCUGCUACUUCUUCUACAAGAACUUCGCCUUCACCAUGGUCCAUUUCUGGUUCGGCUUCUUCUGCGGCUUCUCAGCGCAGACGGUGUACGACCAGUACUUCAUCACGCUGUACAACAUCGUCUACACCUCGCUGCCCGUGCUCGCCAUGGGCGUCUUCGACCAGGACGUGCCGGAGCAGCGGAGCAUGGAGUACCCCAAGCUGUACGAGCCGGGGCAGCUGAACCUGCUCUUCAACAAGCGGGAGUUCUUCAUCUGCAUCGCCCAGGGCAUCUACACCUCCGUGCUCAUGUUCUUCAUCCCCUACGGCGUCUUUGCUGACGCCACCCGGGACGACGGGGCCCAGCUGGCCGACUACCAGUCCUUCGCCGUCACCGUGGCCACCUCCCUGGUGAUAGUCGUCAGCGUGCAGAUCGGGCUCGACACCGGCUUCUGGACAGCCAUCAACCACUUCUUCAUCUGGGGCAGCCUGGCUGCCUACUUCGCCAUCCUCUUCGCCAUGCACAGCGACGGCCUCUUCCAGAUGUUCCCCAACCAGUUCCGCUUCGUGGGUAACGCGCAGAACACGCUGGCGCAGCCCGCGGUCUGGCUCACCAUCGCCCUCACCACCGUGGUCUGCAUCGUGCCCGUGGUGGCCUUCCGCUUCCUCAAGCUGGACCUGAAGCCCGAGCUCUCGGACACGGUGCGCUACACCCAGCUGGUGCGGAAGAAGCAGAAGGCCCAGCACCGGUGCCUGCGGCGCGUGGGGCGGGCGGGCUCGCGCCGCUCCGGCUACGCCUUCUCGCACCAGGAGGGCUUCGGCGAGCUCAUCAUGUCCGGCAAGAACAUGCGCCUCAGCUCCCUGGCGCUCGCCGGCUUCGCCGCCCGCCCCGGCGCCGCCUGGAUCGAGACCCUGCGCAAGAAGAAGGGCAGCGACGGCAGCCCCGGCGCCGACGGGACGCUCAAGGUGUGAGCGGGGAGGGGGCGUCCCCGGGGGGCCGGGCCCCCCAGACCCGCGCGGAUGGGGGGGGGAGCGGGGCCCCGCCGGGUGCUGAGCUUUGGCGGAGGAGUCUGGACCGGCACCGCGUCACCAAAACCACGACCUCGCCCCGGGCUGCACGGACGGAGCCCCCCGGGGCCGUGCCCCCCCUCCCCGGGGCCGUGCCCCCCCCGGGGGCCAUCGUUUCAGUAUUCACCUCCACCGCGUGCAACCCCCCCCCCCCAAGCCACACGCGAAUGUAUCACGCCAGAGCCACCGCCGCGGCCGGGGGGUGACGGGGGGCUCGGACGGCCCCGCGCGCCCAGCCCCGCUCCCCCCCCCCACACCCACGUGUCUUCUUUUUUAUAUAUAAAACAAAAACAAACAAAAAGGAAGAAAAAACCCUCCCCGUUUACAGAGCGACUCUUUUCUCUCCGGGGUGGCGGGGCUGGUGCCGGAGGGAGCGCCGGGGGCCGCGGCCCCCCCGGGCAGGGGCAGCGUUUGGCCGCUGGUGCCCGGGGGGCCGAGUCCUCGGGGCGAAAGGGGAACCGGCCCCCGGCGCCUUCCUGCUCUCGGGGGGAGGGGGCCGGGCCGGGCCGGGCCGCGCUGCUGUGAUUCCCGGCCGCGCCGGGGUUGCACAACGGCCGGGCGCCGCUUCCUUCUCCCUCGUGCCGGCGCGGGGACCAGGGCGGGCAGCGCCGGGCGCGGGGGCCCCACCGGGGCUGGGUGCUCCCGGGGGUCCCGGGGGCCGGCGCGGGGUGCAGGGCCGCUGCCUCCCCCUUGGCCGGGCGCGAGACGGGCCGCGGGGCUGCUUCGGCCUCGCGGGGGGGCCGGACGCCUGGGCCCCGGGGCGGCCCCCGCCUGCUCCGCGGCUCCUCGGGCCCUUGGGGGGAAGCGCCGGCCCCGGGGCCCCGCUGCCCUUCGCACCAAAGAGGAAACGGCGCAGCGCUGGCCUUGGCGUGCUCUAGAGUCUAUUUUUGGGGGCGUUUGGGUUUUUUCCCUGUUCUUUCGGAGCUGGGGAGAGGCGGCGGUGGGCAGGGGCCGAGGAGCGUUGCGUAUAACUUAUUACACAUUUCUAUACUUGCAGAAUUGUAUCAUUUUAUGGGUAUACAGAGAAAAAUAACCAGCUUUUUAUAAAAAUGCCUUUCGGAGCA